AGUGAUUGCAUCCUUGAUUAGCUUUCUUGCUCAACAGGGUAAAACUAUUUUGUUAGCGUCAUACACCAAUUCCGCUGUUGAUAAUAUAUUGCUUAAACUCAAAGAUUUUGGAGUUAACUUUCUUCGAAUAGGACAUGUUUCUCGAGUUCAUCCUAAACUCCAUGAAUUUGUUCCUGAACGAAUCACCUCCCAGGAGCAAUUUAUCAAAACAUACAUGGAACCCCUAGUAGUUGCCACUACAUGUCUUGGAAUUAACGACAUCACAUUCAAUUUCCGAAGCAAGUUCGACUACUGUAUAGUCGAUGAAGCUUCACAGGUAUCACUUCCUAUCAAUUUGGGACCAUUGAGAUUCAGCGAUAAGUUUAUUCUUGUUGGUGAUCAUUUCCAACUCCCACCUUUAGUUCAACAUCGGGAUCCAAAGAUUGUUCAAGGGUUAUCACAUUCAUUAUUCAAGUUGUUGGCGGAGACCCAUCCUGAAUCCGUGUGUGAAUUGACAUAUCAGUAUCGGAUGUGUGAGGACAUCAUGCUGCUUUCUAAUGUGUUGGUGUAUAACAAUCGAUUGAAAUGUGGAUCUUCCGCUGUGGCUAAUCAAUCGUUAACAAUUCCUAAUGCGAAUGCGAUUGACGAAUUUACAAGUGGGUCAGUGAAUCAACGAUGGAUGGAUAAUAUUUUCAAUCCCAAGAACAAAGUGUUGUUUCUUGAUCACGAUCAACUAGAUGCCAGUGAAAGCGUGGUUGGAGAAACUGUCCAGAAUUCCGCUGAAGCUAAACUAAUCUACCAAAUAGUCGAGGCAUUGGUGCUUGCUGGAGUUGACCAGGAUAAAAUUGGAGUAAUGUCAUUUUAUAAAGCCCAAUUGCGAUUACUUAAAAGAUUACUUAGUUCGAAAACAGAGGUUGAGAUACUUACUGCCGAUCAAUACCAGGGUCGUGAUAAAGAAUGCAUUAUUAUCUCUCUUGUUAGAUCUAACCAAGAAAACCGAGCAGGUGAUUUGGUCAAGGAAUGGAGACGAUUGAAUGUGGCGCUUACCAGAGCAAAAUCAAAGCUUAUUAUCCUAGGAUCACGAGCAGCAUUGUUGAAUACAGAAACCACAAAGACAUUUAUGGAUUUCUUGGAUUCUAAAGGUUGGUAUUAUACUCUCCCACCAGGAGCCCAAACAACUUAUAAUUUCCAAGCUACACCAUUUUCAAGCCCCACGAAGAAGCAAAGGCGGAGUCAGGUAUCAAUCACCAGUAUUCUACAUAAAAAUCCUACUCUUAAGAAUGUAGUUGAUGAUAUUACAAAAUAGACGUGUAUAUACUAAAAUGCAAAGAAAUGAAUUUCAAAAUUACCUCUUCUAAAAUUCCACUGGUUGCCAUUCCAUCCGUUUCUAUUUCGUGGUUGGUUAACAUCGUCAUCUUCGUCUUCAUUACCCUGUCUAUUAUUUCUCAUUCUUCGUAUCAGACGAAUAAUAUUUUGGACAAAGAAGAUAAUGAAGAACAUGCAUGUCAAUGAAAUCACCAAAUAAUCACCAAUAUCAUAAUCUUCGACAUAAUUUUCAACCCCUUGUUCGUUGACAUAUGUUUUCCCCUCGGCAUGCGCAUCGACUUUCGAAACCGGUUCUUUUGAAGCAACAUUUGAAUUCUUCUUGACUUUUCUAAAUGCAUUCAACCACCCCCCUUCAGAUUCAUGGUUCCCCUUGAAUGCACUCUUAUUAAAAACGUACUUAAUUCUCAAUCUUAACAACGCCAAACUAAUAUGGGCUUUGCUAUACCCUCCCGAACCAGCAAAAUCCGAUUUGGAAACAGUGGCUCGCUUCUCAAGAUCAAACCGUUCCUUGUAUUGUAAACUGGAGUCAUAAUAUCGUUUAGCCAUAAAAUAAUCGAUAGAAUUGUUGAUGCUGGGUCCGACUCCGUAUUCGUACAUUUCGCCUAGUUUAUAUGCACCAUGACUGGAAUGACGAUCCGAAGCAAUUCUAUAAAAUUUGAAAGCUCGUUCAUGAUCGAGAUCAAUAGGAGAUGGAAUGUUUGGUGGGUGAGUAUAACUUCCGGAAAACAAGUCUCCUAAAAGUACAGUAGCAUCGUCGUUGCCCUGUUUGGAUGCUCGUUCAAGAUAUCUUAUCGCAAGGUUGACUCGAUCACGGUUGAACGUUUUUGCUUCACUUGGUGAGUACAAUGGUUGAAGCUGAUAAAGUAAGUAUGCUGCUGAUAUUUGUGCUGGUUCAAACCCCUGUUCGGCAGCAAUCAGGUAUCCCACAAGGGCAUUUUUGAAAUUACCCGAGAUCAAUUCUUCAAAUGCAUAUUUCAAAUGAGGGGCAAAGAAUUGAGUUAAUCGUUCAAUAAAAAUUUUGUAGUAUUGAAUGGUACCUGGACAGGUGACCUCACUAUCUGGUUCGGCAUAUUUUGAUAAUCCCGAUUGUAAAUAGUUUCCAUAAUGGAAUAAAGCUUCGAUGUCGCCCAGAUAGGCAGCUUCUUUCAUAUUAGUAAAGAUAUC